AUGAAGUUUCAUUAUACGUUUCAAAAUUUACUAGGCACAGUAUAUCGGAAAGGGGAUGUGCUUUUUACAGGAGAUGGAAACUGUGUAGUGAGUCCAGUGGGGAAUAAAAUUACUGUAUAUAAUUUAAAACAAAACAAGAGCAACACUUUGUCAUUCGAGAGCUACUACAAUUACACAGCAGUUGAUAUUUCACCAAAUGGAUCUACACUAUUGGCUAUCAAUGAAAAGGGGGAGGCCCAGAUGAUCAGUCUGCUGACAUGUACUGUGAUACAUAGGUAUAAGUUCAAACAACAAGUGAAUGCUGUCAAGUUUAGCCCUGAUGGCAAAUAUUUUGCUGCUUGCUGUGAUGAUACAGUUUUCAUAAUGACAGCACCAUGCACUUUCACCGGUGAAUUCCGUUCCUUCGUCAUGAAACGAGUAUUCAAAAAAUCUCGCGAUGAAGUCACAUGUUUAGAUUGGUCUUCUUGUUCUAAACUCCUUGCUGUGGGCUCCAAGGAUACCACAACAAAAAUCUACACCGUAGACUAUUUAGAUAAUCUCAAUAUGUAUUCAUUAAGUGGUCACACUGAUAAAAUUGUUGGAGUUUUCUUUGAGAAAAAGAGUUUAGACCUUAUUACAGUUAGUAGGAAUGGACAAAUGUGUUUGUGGGAGGCUAAUAUUGAUAGUGAUGAUUUGGUGGUGUCUGAUGUCCAGAUAUCUCAUAGGAAGAAACGUAAAUUAAAAAAAGAAGAGCAGAGUGAAGAUGAGGUCGACGAAAAGGCAGUUAUUGAAAAGGAUAAGGAAUAUGAAAGUGACACAGAAGAGGCUGAAACAGAAAAUAAAAAAGAAGAUGAAAAGAGAUUGCUGUAUAAGAAGUUAGGAAGGCAUUACAUAGGUGAUGAAAUUAGGAGGGCUCAUCAUAAAGUCAAGCUCACGGCAGCACAAUAUCAUAAGGAGACAAAACUGUUGGUUACAGGCUUCUCCACCGGUAUAUUCUUCCUUCACGAGAUGCCAGAUGUUAACCUGAUCCACACACUCAGUAUAUCCGAGCAUCGUAUCAGUAGCAUCGCCAUAUCCUCGCCCGGGGACUGGAUAGCUUUCGGCUGUCCUAAUAUUGGACAGCUGCUUGUUUGGGAAUGGCAAAGUGAACAGUACGUGAUGAAGCAGCAAGGACAUUCUCUAGAUAUGACGUGUCUGACAUACUCUCCGGACGGACUGUACAUAGUCACCGGCGGGUACGACGGCAAAGUCAAAGUAUGGAACACCACCAACGGCUUCUGCUUCGUGACCUUCAACGAACACAAGUCGACGGUGACCAGCAUCACAUUCAGCAGUAACAAGAAGUUUUUUGUGUCAGCGAGUUUAGAUGGGACUGUUCGGUGCUAUGAUUUGACUAGGUACCGCAACUUCCGCACCCUGACUUCCCCCAGCCUGGUGCAGUUCAGUUGCGUGGCGCUGGACGCCAGCAGCGAGAUCUGUGCCGCGGGAGGACAGGACGUCUUUGAAAUAUUCUUGUGGUCCAUUAAGUUUGGCAAGCUUUUAGAUGUGUUGGGAGGCCACGAGGCGCCCGUGUCGUGCCUGGCCUUCAGCCCAGCGCUGGGCAGCUCGCGGCUCAUAUCGGCCAGCUGGGACAAGACCGUGCGUCUGUGGGACUGCAUCGAGACCAGCGCCGACUGCGAGACGGUCCAACUCACAUCGGACGCUCUGCAAGUUGCCUUCAGACCGGACGGAGAAGAAUUUGCAGUAUCCACGCUGGACGGCAAUAUAACUUUCUUCAACACGACCACGUGUGACCAGACUGGCAGCAUCGAAGGCAGGAACGACCUGGGCUCGGGGAAGGCUGACACCGAUCUAAUCACUCCUGAGAAGAUGCUUAAGACUAAGGCGUUCACGACAAUCUGUUACUCAGCGGACGGGUCUUGUAUCCUCGGCGGUGGUAACUCCAAGCACGUGUGCCUCUACAGCGUCAAAGAGUCUAUACUCAUACACAAAUUUGUGAUCACUCAGAAUAGAUCUCUGGAUGCUGUUAAUGAUUUUAUAAACAGAAAAUUAAUGACGGAUUUUGGGAAUAUGGCUCUCGUAGAAGAGAGAGGGGAUUUGGAGGGAGGAGAUGUUAAUAUCCGACUGCCGGGAGUGAAAGAGGGCGAUAUGGCCGAUAGGAGUUCUAAACCUGAAGUCCGCGUGCACGGGGUGCGUUUCUCCCCGAGCGGCGACAGCCUGGCGGUGGCGGCCACCGAGGGGCUGCUGCUGUACGGGCAGGGCGCCGGCCUCGACGGGACCUUCAGACCAUUCCACCUCGAGUCAAGUUCAACACCAUAUGCUGUGAAACAGCUCCUGGCCGAAGAGUCUUGGGGUUUGGCACUGGUUGCAGCAAUACAACUCAACGAGCACACCUAUAUACAACAGUGUGUGGAAGCUGUACCUCCAAGAGACAUAAACCUAACAGUAUCAAACUUGGACGAUGAAUACGCCGACCGUCUCCUGACUUCCAUGGCUCGUCUCCUGGAAGACAGCAGGCACUUGGAGCACCUGCUGCUGUGGGUGAAGGCCAUAGUGUCAGCGAGGAAGCGCAAGUUCCCCCCCACCGCGCUACUGGCGCUCGAGAGAAUUUUAACUGUCAAAUACUCGCAGUUGAGUAAGAUACGGCCAUGUGUGAGAUGUGUGAGUUGUGACUUCAACAAGUACACAAUCAGGUGCAUCAAGAGCGUCGGUGACAUGGCUCUCAAGAUGGAGGUGGACGAGGCAGAGGACAGCGACAAAGACUCAAGUGGGAGAGGCACUUGCUCUGAUAGUGAUUAA